AUGCAAUUUAUCGAUCUCCCAGUCGAGAUCCUUCCAGAGGUGCUGAAUUUUGUUGUGAAGCCACAACAUCUGGCAUCGGCUUGCCUCGUGAAUAAAACCUUCCAAACCUUUGCUGUGCCUCGCCUCUACGCUCGAAUAUCGAUUUAUUCAUGGCAUAAAGAGGGAAAGGACAAAGUGGUCAAACUAUUUGAUACGCUUUCUCGGUGCGCGUACCUCGCACUUCUUGUACGGAGACUAGAAAUCCGAGAUUUUCCGAAAGCUGUCACACUGCUCGACAGCGACCUCCUCCAGCACGUCCUACGCGGUAUCCGCAACUGCACCGGGCUGACGUCGUGCAUCUGGACCCGCGACGGCUCCCUAAACUCGGAGAUUCUCGAAGCAUUCCAUUAUUGCCCUGAUUUGCGCGAGCUGGAGUUCAAUGGACACAACGAUGGGAACUACGACCCAAAGCUGCUGCUAGGAAUCACCGGCCUCAGCAGGAUAUCCAUUAUCAUGCCUAGUGUCAUGGUUCUAUCCCAGUUGGAGCCGUGGUUCUCGAAAAUGAGCGACCGUCUUCGAAACUUGACGUUGAUAUGCAAGUCUUCCAGAAUCGUAACAGAUUCCGUCCUCGAGACACUGGCUCUGUCUCUCGUCAAUCUCGACCAUUUGCACCUAACAGGAUGCCCUAAAGUCACGCAUCGAGGUGUCUGGGCACUCGUUUCAACGAAUCAAAGCGGUCUCAAAGGAUUGGGGCUCGAAGGCGUUUCUCUGGCAUUUGACAUGAACCUCUUCGCAAAACAAUGCGUUGCUUCUGGCAGUCUUUCCCAGCUACGGGCCAUCACACUCACAGUGCAUCAUCAAAUACCACUGAAAGCUUGGGUCCAAGGAGUCAUCGACCUCCUCAGUCUCUCCAAGAUCGAGCUCUUCCAUAUUUAUUCCACUGGCGCGUUCUUCGAGUCGCCGCUGACUGAUGAACUCUGGAACCACCUGGUGACGACCCACAGCGAAAGCCUUAUCCGGUUCUCAGUGCACAGGAUGAUGAUCGACAUGGAUGCGAUACACAAAAUAUGUGCCAACUGUCCGAACCUCGAACAGCUGUUCGUUGUUGUUGACCCCAACUAUCUGGACGAACUUGCUGACUGUCUUGCACACGCACGGAAGAUGCGUACAAUCCACAUCAAUUUCCCCUUGGAGGCGUUCAUUGACACGGUCCCUAUUCUUCGCCCCGAUCGAGUCCUGGAGGUCAUAAACAAGUGCAGUCCGACCGUCGUUCAGUUUGGGUGUAACGCCAAAGUCUGGCAGGUGGUCCGACAGGUUGUACGUGCCAGCGGUGAACUUCACACUGAAGCAGCCUUGGCGCCGUAUGAGAACCCUGAUAUUCCGGAGCAGUUCCUCGUCGUGAGGACCUGA